AUGCUCUUCAAACAAGAAAACAAGCUCGUCUUCAGACACGACGAUCACACCCUCUGGAUCGAAUCAUGGGGUCCAAACGCCUUCCGAAUCCGAGCAAUAAAGCUCCGAUCAAUGCCAACAGAAGAAUGGGCCUUGAGCGAAAAGAUCUCAGACUCGAACAACGUCCAAAUCAACAUCACAGAAGCCCAAAGUGGUGAAAUCACAAACGGCAACAUCCGAGCCGAAGUCUCUCGACGAGGCAAACUUAUCAUCUACGAUAGCAACGGCAAGAAACUCCUCGAAGAAUACGCUCGAAACCGAAUGGAUUUGACAGAUCCCAAAUGCUCAGCAUUAGAGAUCCAAGCAAGAGAAUUAAAAGGUAUUCCAGGCGGAGAUUUUCAAGCUUCGAUGAGAUUGGAGUCGUUGGAUCCAGAAGAGAAGAUUUAUGGGAUGGGACAGUAUCAACAACCAUAUUUGAAUCUAAAGGGUACGGAUAUUGAGCUUGCUCAGAGGAAUUCUCAGGCUACGGUGCCGUUUAUGGUUUCUUCUUUGGGGUAUGGGUUGUUGUGGAAUAAUCCGGCUAUUGGAAGAGCUGUGUUGGGGAGGAAUGUUAUGAGUUUUGAGGCAUACUCGACGAAGGCGAUUGAUUAUUGGAUUGUUGCGGGGGAGACUCCGGCAGAGAUUAUCGAAGCCUACGCGAACGUGACCGGGAAGGUUCCGAUGAUGCCAGAGUAUGGGCUCGGCUUUUGGCAAUGCAAGUUGCGAUACAAGACGCAGGAAGAACUGCUCGAGGUUGCAAGAGGCUACAAGAAACGGAAUGUACCUCUGGACCUGAUCGUCAUUGACUUCUUCCACUGGAAGAAACAAGGAGAAUGGAGUUUUGAUCCACAGUAUUGGCCAGAUCCUGCGGCAAUGGUCAAAGAGCUGAAAGAGAUGAAGGUUGAGCUCAUGGUUUCGAUUUGGCCUUCGGUAGAUCCACUUGGAGAGAACUGGAAUGAGAUGGUGGAGCGCGGACUGCUCAUACGACAUGAUCGUGGUCCUCGUGUGGCAUUGAUCUGCGAUGGCUACACGACCCAUUUCGAUGCCACGAACCCAGAAGCGAGAGCUUAUGUCUGGAGCAAGGUGAAGAAGCACUACUAUGAUAUUGGCAUCAAGGUUUUCUGGCUCGACGAAGCGGAGCCUGAAUUUUCGGUUUACGACUUCGAUGUCUUCCGUUACCAUGCUGGCAGCAACAUGCAGAUUGGCAACACCUAUGCCAAAGAGUAUGCAAGAGGCUUCUACGAGGGCAUGGAGGCUGAAGGGCAGAAGAACAUCGUGAACUUGCUCCGAUGUGCUUGGGCGGGAAGCCAAAAGUAUGGUGCACUCGUCUGGAGUGGCGACAUCGCUUCCUCUUGGGGCUCCUACCGCAACCAGCUUUCUGCUGGCUUGAACAUGGGAAUGGCCGGUAUACCUUGGUGGACGACCGACAUUGGUGGCUUCCACGGCGGUAGUCCCGACGAUCCGGAGUUCCGCGAAUUAUUUGUUCGCUGGUUCCAAUGGGGCGCUUUCUGCCCUGUCAUGCGAUUGCAUGGAGAUCGUGAGCCUAAACCUGAGGGUCAGCCCACGGAGCCUGGUGCACCGAACGAGAUCUGGUCUUAUGGCGAGGAGGUCGAAGAGAUCUGCAAAACGUACAUUGCGAUUCGUGAGGAGCUCCGAGAUUACACGCGAGAUCUUAUGAAGCAAGCUCACGAGAAGGGCACGCCCAUCAUACGAGCCUUGUUUUUCGAAUUCCCUCAAGAUGCCAGGUCCUGGACUGUGGAGACGCAAUACAUGUAUGGUGGCAAGUAUCUUGUUGCGCCGGUGUUGAAGGCCAAGCAAACGAAGAUUACUGUCUACCUCCCCAGUGGUGCUAGCUGGACUUCCUGGGACGGCAAGAGUUCAUAUCUUGGCGGAAAUGAGGUGGAGGUGGACUGUCCUAUCGACACAAUGCCUGUCUUUGUUCGCCAGGAGUAG